CUCAGUCUAGGCGGAACCUUGUGUUACGCGCACUUUUGCUUACCCGGAACAAUAACAGAAAGGAAUAAGCAGCGAUGGCUCGAUCUUCGAAGUCAGCACUGGUACUCUGUAUGGAUGUGGGUUUUUCCAUGAGUAACUCUCAGCUGGGUCAGGAGCCAUCUUUCGAACAGGCCAAGAAAGUCAUCCAGAAGUUUAUCCAGCGGCAGGUGUUUGCUGAGAACAAGGAUGAAGUGGCUCUGGUGCUGUUUGGUACUGAUGACACUAAGAACAAACUUGCCCAAGACGGACAGUAUCAGAACAUCACUGUUCAUCGCCAUCUCAUGAUGCCUGAUUUUGAGCUGCUAGAAGAGAUUCAGAAUGAGCUGCAGCCUGGUGGGCAACAAGCUGAUUGGCUUGAUGCUCUUGUCGUCUGCAUGGAUCUUCUCCAGAACGAAACCAUGGGGAAGAAGUACGAGCGUCUGAACAUUGUUCUACUGACGGAUCUAAACGUUCAGAGCUCAGAGGACCAGCUAGAUGUCAUCAUUAAGAACUUGAAGAGAGCUGGUAUUACCCUGCAGUUCUUUUUGCCAUUCCCUGUGGAUGUGGAGGACCGAGCGGAAGGAGGUGGGGGUGGAUCGAGGACGUCGUCAUCUCCACCUCGUUCAGAUAAAGGUUUGAGCAGACAGCAAACUCAAGGUCUGGAGAUGGUCAAACAGAUCAUAACAUCUCUGGAUGAAGAGGACUGCUUGGAGGAAGUCUACACUUUUAGCGACGCUCUGGAGAAACUGUCCAUCUUCAAGCGCAUUGACAGAAGGCCGAUGGCCUGGCCCUGUCAGCUCACCAUCGGCAGCUCGCUGUCCAUACGUAUCGUCGGAUACAAAGCUGUAACGGAGGAGAAGGUGAAGAAAACGUGGGCCGUGGUUGAUGCUCAGAGUCACCAGAAAGACGACAUCAAGAGAGAAACGGUCUAUUGUCUAGAUGAUGACAAUGAAACUGAAGUACAGAAGGAUGACACUAUUCAAGGUUUUCGAUAUGGAAGUGACAUUGUGCCAUUUUCUAAGUUGGACGAGGACCAAAUGAAGUACAAGUCUGAUGGGAAAUGUUUCUCAGUGCUUGGCUUUAGUAAACAGGAGCUGAUUCAUCGUCAUCAGUUUAUGGGAAGCCAGGUUCUCAAAGUUUUUGCACCCAGAGAUGAUGAGCAUGCAGCAGUGGCUCUGUCUGCUCUGAUUCGUGCUCUUGAUGGCUUAAAGAUGGCAGCAAUCGUGCGUUACGCUUACGAUCGUCGCAGUAACCCUCAAAUUGGUGCGGCUUUUCCUUGCAUUAAGGAAAAGUAUGAGUGUCUACUGUAUGUGCAACUGCCCUAUAUGGAAGACCUGCGACAGUUCACUUUCCCAACGCUGGAAAACAACAAGAAGUUCACUCCCUCAGAGGGUCAGCUGUCGGCAGUGGAUGCGCUGAUCGACUCCAUGAUGCUGGUGGAAAAAGACGAGGAUGGAGAUAGAAUGGACAUCUUCAAAGUCAACCACAUUCCAAACCCACAGUUCCAGAGACUCUUCCAGUGCUUACAUCAACGCGGUGUGAAUCCUGAUGGUCCCCUGCCGUCCAUUGAGCCCUGGCUGAAGAGAGUUCUAGAGCGCCCCCAGGCUGUGGCUGCCCAGUGCCAGGCCGCUCUGCAGAACAUCAAAGCAAAGUUCCCCCUGAAAGAGGUGACGAAACGGAAAGAGCAGAAGACAAGUGCAGACGUGUUUGGCAGCAGUGCCAACGAGCCAGACACAAAGAAAGUCAAAGUGGACGAAGAGACCGAAUAUAUUCUGGCUGAUAUUACAGAGGGAAACGUGACAUCGGUUGGCAGUGUAAACCCAGCAAGAGAUUUCGGCAAAUUGAUCAGAAUGAAGAGCAUUCCGUUCGAUCAAGCGUGCCAGCAGCUGACCCACAGGAUCGAGCAGUUACUGGGCAACAGGAGCCCAGAGUACUACACGAAGAUCAUCGACUGUAUCCAGGCGUUCAGGGAGCAGUCCGUGAAGACUGGAAACGCAGAGCUGUUCAACAGUUACUUGCAGUCUCUGAAGAGUAGCGUUCCUGGCCGGAAUCUUCAGGAAUUCUGGGAUCUGCUCGUACAAGAUGCACUUACACUGAUCAGCAAAGAGGAAGUGGACGGCAGCACCGUCUCCAAAGAAGACGCAAACCAGUUCAUGGCGAUUGAGCAGGAGGAGGACGUUCAGGCUGCUCCAGCACAGGAGGACACUGGUGAUGUUGAUGAUCUGUUGGACAUGAUGUGAAAAACAGAUCUUGCAGAAAACCCGUCCGUCCACCUCGUGGAAUGCUGUUAAGUGUCAUAUUCUGCUCUCAAGUACACUCAGUCACAUCAUGUGAUUUUACUCUUGGGAAUGUUCGGGAAAGUUCUCCUUGUCUAAAUGCUUUUGAUAAUGAUCAUUAAGGCUACAGCUUUGCCUUUGGACAAAACAAAAAGAGUUUGACUAUUUGAAUGUGUCUUAUAUUGAACGGUUUAUAUAUGUUGGAUUUUCUCAAGAAAAAUAAAUCUAAUA